AUGUCACCUCGGAUGGUGAUUGAUCCCAUCGGCGAUGAGGAAGUACAAUUUUUGACAUCGAGGAUUGCCGCCUCUGAAGAUAGGCAAAGAGCCACAUCCACAGUUACGCUUGGCCGUGAAGAAGUCAUUGAUCUCACCGGGCACGAAUUCGAGAAUGGCGCCCAUGGUCAACUUCACGAAGGCGAAUUGCCCAUAAAAAAGUAUCGCGACCCUCGUUCGGGGGCUCAAUUCUCUUGUGGAGACUUGAUACAGGUUCGGAACGUUGGGCUUGGGACUUACGAAAUCGAGUUUGUCAAAAUCCAGCUCAUCGCACGAGAUCGCCGUGGUCAAUACAAGAUACGCGGGUUACCCUUUGUGCGAACGAGGAUGCUACAGGGGAAGCUGCCGAAAAAAGUCAACGAGAUAUGCAUGAUACUUCACAUUCAGAGACGAGAAAACGGAAAAGAGCUUCCUGCAGUUCUCGUUGAUGUCCCUCCCACCUCGAUUGUCAAGAGAAGAGAACUUGUCAUUACCAAUGCAGUCUACCCAGAACAUUGCUACAAUGCGGCUAGUCUUGGUUCCAAUGCUGGAGGUGAACAGAUGCAACAUCGUCUGGCUGAAAUUCAUGGCUAUCUUGUCUGUCGCUGGAAAUUUACGAUUUACUUCACCAUGCAACACCAAAGUCGUGCUACAAGGCCGGAAGAAGAAGUUAUCGAGCGUGUCCAACUAGACGACGUACCGAGCUCAAGAUAUCGCGUAUCAGACGAGAGACUUUGCAAUCAGUGGCGGGGUGGACGCACAAAGGGAGGCUCGUGGCCCUCGAGCGGGUCAGGAAUCAUUGAUCUCGAAUCGCGGCCAAACACGACUCGAUACCCAAGCAAUAGACGAAAAGAACAGAAGUAUACAUUCUUCGACUCCUUUUCUGGUGCGGGGGGUGUAUCUCGCGGCGCCCAGAGCUCCGGUUUCAAACUAUUCAAGAUGUCUGUUGAUGAGUUUAUUCGGGAUACGAAAGACCGGUUGAUGAGGGUAGAUGUGUUACAUUUGUCUCCGCCAUGUCAAUACUUCUCGCCAGCACAUACGCGCGAAUCUGUCCAUGAUGAAACCAACAUUUUCGCUCUCUUUGGGUGCCGCGAAUUGAUCAACAAGCUACGGCCACGUCUGGUUACGCUCGAACAGACGUUUGGCAUAACUCAUGAACGACAUCACCAGUAUCUGAGAGGCUUGAUUGGAGACUACACUCAACUUGGCUACUCGGUUCGGUGGAAAGUGGUCAGACUCUGUACUUGGGGUUUAGCACAAGAUCGAAAGCGCCUGAUUAUUCUCGCAGCCGCUCCAGGGGAAAAAUUACCCCCUUUCCCCAAGCCUACGCAUUCCGAGAAUGGAACUGGCGGCCUGCAGCCGUUUUUUACAACUAUUCGGAAAGCAAUUGGCUCCAUCCGUGCUGGUGACGAUCUACACAACCUCGACACUGUCAAAUAUUAUCGGCCACGUCGGGCGCCGCUUGAUCCAGAUCGGCUGGCAGGCACCAUCACAACAGGAGGCAGCGAAGUAUACUACCCGGACGGUACUAGAGAUUUUACUCUCCGCGAAUAUGCCUGCAUUCAGGGAUUCCCAAAGUGCCACAAGUUCAUUGGGACGAAAACAAGCAUAAGGAGGCAAAUUGGCAAUGCGUUUCCUUCCAAUACCGUACGGGUGCUGUACCGACAUCUGGAAGAUUGGCUUCUGCAGCAAGAUAGAAUGACACGAUAUCAACCGAUAGCCGAUAACGUCCUCAUUGUCGACGACUCUGACAACGACAACUCUGAUGAAUAUUUGCGCUGGCAAACAUCGCCGGGGGUACCUUCGUCUCCCGAGAUGGAUGAAGAUAUCAUGGAAAUUGACUGUCCACAAGAAAGGCACCAGGGUACUUUUCACAGACGCGGCCACUUUAUUGACCUCACAUGA